AUGGGUAUCCCACAGUGGAGCGAGCAGGACGAGCGCCAGGCGCGCAUGCAGGAUGCCGGACUUUACAUCGACUGGCCGAACCCAUACAACCUCGAACCGGGCCUUUACAUCAUCGUCCACAUGCAGUAUACCACCCAGCCGGGCGAAGUGAUGGAUGUCAUUGACGAUGCAUACAGCACCAUCACAGCCCGUCUCGAAUCGCGACAGUUCCGCAACCCGAGACACCCCAUUCCAGGGCGUAAGAGCCUGUUCGUCCACUAUGAGCUGAUUAACCAGGAUGACGGGACCACGAACCCCUUCCCAACGGACGUAGACCUCUUCGAAGAGGUUCGGAAUCACCUCAUGCUGAUGUUUGAUCAGUUUAUGUUCGGGGGAACGUUUGAUCUCCCGUACAAACUUGGUCCGGUGCGUGUGUUCUGGUGUGACAUGGUCGAGCAGGAGCCUGAGCUUCCCACUGUCACUGUUGAAGUGUACGAGGAGACAGACUCUGACUCGCAGGAGGAAGGGCAACAUCAAGAUAAGCUGCCUUAA